ACACAGACACACACACACACACACACAGCCCCGUACACACACAGCGCCCGGUAACGCCAGGCCCCGCCCGCCCGGUGAGCGCGGGGCCUGCCGGGAGGCGCCGUUUGAAGCGCGCAGCGGCCGUUGGCGGCGGGCGGUGCUGAGGGGCCGCGCCAUGGGCAGCGCCGAGCGGGCAGAUUGGGUUGAUGUUGCCAAUGAACUUUUAAGGCGCUGCCACAUAAACCAGCACAUAAAGCAUCUCUCGGAAUGUGGUGCUGAUGUGUUUGUUCGUCUUUAUGAAUCAAUCUUGGGGGAAAAAGUACCAGAUUUCAUAGCUACUCCUAGAAGUCAAGAGGAUGAUGCACAUAAUGUACAAGCGGUAAUAGAUUCUCUAGCACUGGACUACUUGCAGGUCAGCUUGUCACAUAUCACUGGUGAGAACAUUGUGAAAGGAGAAAGGGAAUCUAUCAAAAACCUCCUUGAAAUAUUUGAUGGUUUGUUAGAGUAUCUUACAGAAGAAGUUGGUGAAUCUUCUUCUCAGAAUGGAGAUGAGAUAAAUGAGUUGCCCAAUAACAAAAUUCAAAUUACAUCUCCAGACCAACUGGAAAGCAAUGCUGGUCAAUUUACGUUGCCUUCAAAGCUUUCAUCAGUUUCAGGUUCCCAGUCAGAACUUUUCAUUCCGUCCCAUGAUGUAGAUGGAUCAGAAUCUACCAGCGAAUUAAUUAGACUUGGAGAUACUGCUCAUUCAUUCUCAGAGAGGGGGGAAGGAUUCCAGUUUCCUGAAUUGUUAUCAGCAGAAAUGAAGAAGGGGAUGGAAGAACCAAAAAACUCAGGGGUUAUUGCAACAGUAUCUAGACAGUUCUCUCAAACUGAAAAGGCAAUUGUGAAGGAAAAAGAAGAUGGAUCAAUGGAGUUUAUUCAUAUUGAUGAACUUCAAAAAGACGGUUUGAGUUCCAGUGCUAAGAAACUUGGGGAGCCUAUACGCCAGGCUAUUCCCUUGCUACCACCGUUUCAGCCUGCUGAAGCCAGAUCUCAUGAUCCUAUGGAGAGAGAUUAUCAGAGCUCAGACAGCCAGUCAGCAGCUUUGGUUGACUGUCAAGAAGUGGAAACUUCUACUCUUGAAUCAUCACUUACACAAAAAACUGAAGAUGUUUGUACUAGUCUUCCUCUAUCAAGGAAAAUCCCUGCAGGAGACAAGAUGGUCUCAAGUGAUGCUGAAAACCAUGUGGCAAAGGUUCCUUGGGUAUAUGGGACUUCUACAUCUGCUUCCCCCUUAGAUCAAAAAUUCUCACUACACACUGAGCAAGUAGCACAAACUCCAAGACCCCAAUCAAGACAUCUGCCUAGAAAGAAAAGAUAUGAAAAUUCUACCACAGAUUCACUUGAAGAGUCUCUUUCUCCCAGAACAACAAAGGAAAAUCUAUCUAAGCAAGAGCUUCAUAAAGUAUCAGAAAAACUUUCUCACAGGUUAAACGAACUAGAUUUAAUGUUAAAGAGGGCUUUGGGUGAGCAUGCCAGAGAAGAGGAGGUGACAGAUGAAGACAACCUGUCUCAGCACAGUGACAGUGUCAUGGAUUAUCGCAGAAGGAAAACUAAGCAAGACACACCACAUACGAAGUACCCAAUCAGACCACGAUCCCUGUCUCCGUCCUCACCCUCAUCUCAGCAUCAACUUUUUUCUGAGUUAGAUGUACUUCACAGUAACGGAAAAGGUCAAAUGAGGAAAAUAAGCAACCAAUUGCGAAAAGAAAAGGAUGAAAGAACACAAGAAGCAAAGGUGGUUGCUAAAGCUUAUGAAGAUGAACUAAGAAUUUAUGAAGCUAGGGAGAGGCUUAGAAUUUCCAAGCUCAGAGAAGAAGUCAAGGAAAUGGAACAAGGAUACAAAGAAAACAUCUUUAAAGAACCUUCAAAAAUGCUUCAGCCAGUGAAAGUUUAUUCUAGAAAAACCACACCUCGGAAUCCCAGAUACAGCCAGUGGAUUCCAAAACGAGGGACUGCGAAGCCAAAGAAAGCAGCUCCAAUGGAAGUAAGAGAUGAUGACCUCCUGCUUCAGCUACUGGAAGAGUUUCCCCACCUGCAUAUUUCCAACCACAUGAUGAACAAAAUGUGGCGUCAGCAGCUCGCACAGACUGAACAACUUAAGGCAGCUUCUGGCAGAGCUAGACUAAAACUCCAAAAUGAGGUUCAACAAGCCCUGAGGAAGCAUCAGCUUCUUGUUGCAAUUAUUAAAAAAAAUCAAGACCAUAACAAGAGACUGCAAGAAUUUAAGCAACGUAUCUGCCGACAGAAAUGGGCUCAGAAUAGGGUGAAAGAAAAACGCCAACAAAUUGUUAGAGCCAGGAAAUACUAUGAAGAUUACCGGGUCCAGUUGCGUGCCAAGAUGAUGCGGGCUAGGACACGGGAAGAAAGGAUAUUUAAAAACUUAUUUGAAGAAGGCUUAGAAAUUCAGAAGCAAAGACUAAAGGACCUCAGAGCAUAUGCUCAAGAGAUGCGUGCUGAGCAAAAAAGAGAGCAUCAAAAUGAGUUGGAGUCCAUGGAGAACUAUUACAAAGAUCAGUUCUCUAUGCUAGCAGAAGCUUUAUCUCAAGAACGUCAAGAAAUCCAAACCAGAGAGAAAGCACAAGCACAAAUGCUGCAGAAAACAAAAAGAGAAUUGAGAUCAAGGAUGGAAAAGGAAAUACAACAACUGCAAACUGCAAUAAUGCAAAAUGAUGAUGACACCUUUUUUCAAGAACUAGAAGCAGACAGACUGAAAUCUCGACUUCAGAUGGCUUCCUUUCAGUAUAGCAAAAGCAGUUUCUCAUAAGACAUGCAGUGAAAUACAAGCUUCUGCAAGAACUGAAUCCUUUGAGGGACCUGUGGACGGCAGUCUUAAAUGGUAUGUCCCCCCCUUGAAAAUAAUUAUGUACAUAUUUUUAAGCCUCUGCAACUUUUUUUUUUUUACAAUAACUGCUGGGAGAGGGCUACAUGUUAGGUCAGCUGUAUUUAGUGUGCUGCCUUCUUAAGGCCUUUUUGUAGGUGUUUUGAUUACUGGAUUUCAUAUCAGGGUUUCAAAAUUACAAAAGCCAAGGCACAAACAAGCAACAUUUUGCUUUACUUGGUCUACUUCAAAGGGUGAGCAUGGUAACCCUACAUAUAGGCAACCACUAACAACUUUAAUCUUUUUUUUAAUUUUGUCUUAGAAGCAGAUUAUUUGGACUAAAACAAUGAGUACUUGCAUUACCUUUCUCAAAGAUAUUCUAUUAAUUUUUUUUAGGGGGAGCCAGAAUAGUUCUAGUUCUGUCAGCCAUAAGACAUUAGAGCCAGUAGCAAUUAGAAGUUCCAGCAUUCAGCUUUUACCUUACUUCAGGGUUAUAAGGUCUGUUUUUAACAUUGUCACUGUAAUUAUCUUCACAGACUCAUCACUUACUUCUGCUGUGAUAUAUUUAGUAGAAAAUUCAGGUUUUAGCAGCCAUGCCCUAUGAGAUGGAAACAUAUGCAGGUGAAUACUUAAACUGAGAACUAAUUGCAUAAAGACAAACUGCUAAUUAGGAAAGCUCAUUACUGAUAUAUUUUCCUCUGCUUGAGGAAAUUGGAAUUUUAUAAUAGUCUCAGUAUUGAGGCUGACCUAAAGAGUAAUUUUAAAUAGGCUCUAGUACAAGAGUUCUUGCUGGUAAUUGCCUAUUGCAAAAAGUGAUAUAAACAUAAUGGAAUGGCAUUUUAGUCAGAACCUGCCGUAAGAUGGUGUCUCUUACAGAAUUGACAACAGAGUGAAUUGAAGUCUCAUGCUUGGGGGGGAAAAAAAAUCUGCUAGAAAAAAAAAAACACAGCAACUGGAAAUGUUUCCUUUACAGAUUAAACAAAACAGCUGGUAGUUUAAGCAUGAUAUACUUCACUUAAAAAAAAAACACACCCUGACUUUAACAACCAUUUGCAAGGAGUUGCUAAAAACUAGAUUAAUUUCAAGUCUCUCUUUAUUUAACAGCUAGGCUGUUAAAUUUUAACAAGUAUUUACAAGAUUUAUCCUUUUCUUCCCUUAAGGAAGGUGGUUUAGCUUUUGCUGACUUUUUGGAGGAGACAUCCAUUCACUAACACUGAGAUGAAGUCCUUUCCAAGAAACACAUAUACCAUUAACAUGAAAGCCAAAAGUAAGACCAUUUUUUUCAACUAGGACAUUUAGCACAAUCCUUAUUGUAGAUAGCAGUCUGUAGAAAGACACUAAGAGUUUAAAUAUUUUCUCCUGAGACAAAGCUGAGUUACUGAAAAAUGCUUGUGUUACAUUUUAAUGUUUAAUUAAGAAACACUUAAAACUUUUUAAACCAUUGAUGCUGUGACAGUGCAAACAGCAUACAAUUUAUUGCUCAACUUCUGCAUGGGUACAUACAUUAAGUACUUAAAAACCAUUUUAUACAGAUUUUUUUUUUUUGUUAAAGCUCAUGUAACAGCUGGGUGAAAAUACAAUGAUAUCAAUGCUAAAACACUCUGUAAUAAAUACAAUGGAAAUGAUAAACUAAGAACUGUCAGUUUGUGGAGGAGUAAUUACACUUGUAUAAACUAAUUACAGCUACAGACAAAGCUCUGAGGAUGUGGUAGAGCCAGAAACCUACUACAUAGUGUAAAGUACAACAAAUGGCACCUGUUAACUAUAUGGUGCUGUUUAAAAUCUGAAGCAUGCUACAUUAAGCUGUAUGAUGCAUACUUAAGAUAUAGAAGCAAAGCUUUUACUUCCAUCAAUGCAGCUAGUUUAAACGCACCAGAAGUUCAAUACAGAUGUAGUGUUGUAGAA